AUGCAAACUCCCAAAAUAGACAUACACCCUUUAAUACAAGAAUUAAAAAUAAAUCCUUCGGAAGAAGUUUACGUUAAGACUGUUAAUAUAGAUAAAAAUUCUACUGGUAAUCAAUCAUCCGCAAUCAAAUUGGUACAUCUAUUUGAAAGAAUAUGUUUUGCAGAAUUCAAUACUAUACGAGCUAAGCAAGAGGAAAUUGCUAGUUGGUAUUCGUAUAGAAAGUUCUUCGAAAAAAGACAUAGUGAAAUUUUACCUGAGAUUCUGAAAAAAUAUAAAAAUAUUACAAAACAAAAAGUAUAUGAGUUAGCGAGUGGUCAAAUUUAUGAUGAAAUGUUAUAUUAUCUUUCAG